AUGAAAGAGUUAAGUUUAGAUAACGAGUUAGAGCUGUUUUAUGAAUAUAUUACAUCAUUUGAAUAUAUUAUAAGAAAUUUUAGUAAUUAUAUAAAAAGGAAAAAAAGAAAUUAUAAAACGAUUAGAAGAAAUGAUAUAAUAAAUGAUGUUGUUAAUAAAUAUUUGAACAAAAUUAUCCCUAUAAAAUUGUUGCUUCAUAUGAAAUGUUCGAAGAAUAGGAGGUUUUAUGAAAAUUUGUUUAUAUGUUGUUAUUAUCAUGUCAUAAUAAAAUAUAUCAUACAUGAUCCUUUGUUUAAUUUGGAGAGGAUAAUAGAAUAUUGUAUUAAUCAUAAGAUGAAAAUGGAACAUAAUAAAGAAAAAGAGAAAAAAAAUGGCAAGGAUAAUGAUCAGUGUGAAAAUAAUAAAAUAAAUAAUAAAAUAAAUAAUAAUAAUAAUAAUAAUAAUAAUAAUAAUAAUAAUAAUAGUAAUAAUUGUAAUAAUAAUAAUAAUAAUAGUAAUAGUAAGAAAAAGACGAAGAAACAAGGGAAGAAAAAUCUAAAUAGUGAAGAACCCAUUUAUGAUAAUUUCAUAGAAGGUUGUGAUGAUAAAACAUUUGAUGAUUACAUACAAUGUUUUAAUUUUAUAAAAGAUGAUAAUAUAUCAUUUUUAACAGAAAAGAAGAAAAUGAAUAUUCUUUAUGAUAUUAUGAAUAUAUGUCAAGAAAAUAAUAUAUUAUAUAAAAUAUUAAAUGAUGAAUAUAUAAUAUUAAAUGAGACAUAUGACGAAAUAUGUCAUGUGACAUAUUCUUUUGGUAUUAUGUGUUAUGUAUUUGGUUUUUAUAAAUUCUUUAAAAUAGAAAAUUUAAAAAUUAUAAAAAAUAAUAAUAUAUGUUCCUAUAAUUUAUUUCAAUGGGUAUAUGAUAUUAAAUAUACUAUUGUAAAAUAUUAUUCCUAUUUAUCUAAUGAUCCUAAGAAUAUAAAGAUAUUUGAGGAUAAUAUAAAUAUUAUAGAUGACAAAAAUAGAAAAAAUAAUAUAUCAACAGAUCAUUUUAAUAAUAUGAAUGCUUAUGUAAAUAUUCUUGAUCACCAUGAAUAUUUUUUAAAUUAUAUAAUAUUUUAUUACAUAUGUAAUCUUAAAAAAGUAUGUAAUAAAUGGUUAUGCUUACGUAAUAAUUUUUUUUAUAUUUUUAAUGAAUAUAUAGAAGAAUCUUUUAAAAAUUACAUGAUAAAAAAAAAUACAGAAAUGCAAGAAAUCUUUUCUAUAUCCUCAUCAUCUGGCGAUACAAAAGAAAAAAGAAAUAUAUAUAAUGUGGAGUCACUUCAAAUGUAUAAUAUAAAACAAAAUGUUAUACAAAAAUGUUCUUACAUAAACGAAUAUUUAUUUUAUAAUAACAAAAGGGAAUAUACUAGUCAGAAUGAAGAAUAUAUACAUAUGUUUAAUAAUUGUAGAGAGAAUUUUAUUUCAUAUAAAACAAAAUACCUAAAUUUUGAUUUAAAGGAUGAGGUAGAUAUAAGUCUACACAGUGUAAAAUUUGUUCUUCAUUAUGUAAAUAGUAUUUAUAAUGAUGAUCAAAAUGAUGAACAUGGUAAUGAUAAAAUGGAAAUGCAGGAUAAAAUUUUAGGUGGUGUUAUUUCGUGUGAUGAUACUAUUUGUAAGGAGAAAAAAAAAAUAAAAUAUGAGAAGAUUAAGAAGCACUUGGAUAAUUUAUAUAACAAAAUGAAAAGUAUGAAGAGUUCAAAGGUGUAUAUAUGGAUGUAUUUGUAUGUAAACUUUGUGUUUGAUUUUUUUUAUGUUAAUAUAAAGAAGAAUUAUCGUAAAAUAAAUAAUUAUUGUUUGUGUUUUGAUGAGUGUAUGCAUGAGAAUAGUAAUGUGGAAAAUGUAUUAGGUGGUAGUAAUAAUAAUAAUAAUAAUAAUGAUAAUAAUAAUAAUAACAACAACAACAACAACAAUAAUAAUAACAACAACAACAACAACAAUAAUAAUAAUAACAACGAUAGUAGUAGUAAUAAUAACAAUAAUAAUAAUAUUAAGAAGAAAUACAUCAUUGUGUUUAAUUUAUCCGGACUUAUCGAUUUUAUUAAUAAAAAAAAUAACCUUGAAAAAAAAAAGAUUUGCGUCAUGCUCAAGAAUUAUAUAGACCAUGUAUUAUUUAACGAGUGUAAAGAAUUGUUUGUGGAGGAGCUAAAUGUUGAUGAGAAGAAAAAUAAAAACGACAUUGACGGUGAUGAUUAUCAUAAGAUUAAAUUUUCUCAUCCUUUAGAAGAAUGGGAAAAAACAAAUACUAAAAAUAGUAUAGAUGAAAAAUGUAAGAAGAAAAAGAAUAAUUUAUUAGAUGAGUCUAUAAAUAAUUCUGUUAUUUCAAAUAAUAAUAUAACAUUAGAUAAUAGAUAUUUAUAUAAUAUAAAAAAUGAUGAAGAGAAAAUUCAUUCGAAUGUAUUAUUAUCAUCAAGUAAAUAUUAUGAAAUUCAUAAAUAUUAUAAAGGGAAAAUAAAAAUAAGUAAUUUUGUAAAUGAUUAUAUUUAUAUGUUUAUAUCAUAUUUAACUUUGAUGGAUAUGAAAUUAUCAUUAUUGUUGGUAGAAAAAUAUAAUCUAACGAUACCUAAUAAAUAUUUAGAUUUAAGUUGUUAUAUAUAUAUAUGUCAGAUGAAUAAACAAAAUUCAAAUAUAAUUUUUUUUAUAAGUAGGUUUGAUAUACAUCGACAUAUUUUAACAAAUGACGUGGCUAAUAAAAACCUGAAGGAAAAUUAUAAGAUAUAUAAAAAUAUUGAAUGUAACAAUAAUAUUAUGAAUAAUGUAAUUAAUGGUAGCAAUAAUAAUAAUAAUAAUAAUAUAAAUAGUAAUAAUAAUAUAAAUAGUAAUAAUAAUAUAAACAGUAAUAAUAUUAAAAAUAGCGAUAUUAAUUUUAAAUUUCUGGAUGACAUAAUUACUAUUUAUAAAAAACAAAACAAUGAAAUAAUUAACUUCAAUAAUAUUAAUAUAAUUCAUGAUAAUAUAAAUCAACCUAUCCCUCAAAGUCAUAAUAACUUUUCAAAUAAUCCUUUAGACGAUUCAAAAAGUAAUAUGUUUACCAUUAAUAAUAAUGUUAAGGAUUACUGUUUUGUAUCGGAACGAAAUACUUGUAUACAUAAUAAUUUUGUGAAGAGUGGUUCCUUUGAUUUAUAUAAUACAAAUCAAGAUAUUGAAGGAAAUAAAAAUAUUAGUAUUAACAAUUAUGGUGACGAUUUAAUAAAAUGCAAUUUUAUGGAUAAUAAAUUAAGAGAAAUAAAUUUGAAAAAAGAUAUGAAUGUAAGCAAUGAAAUUUACAAAGAUGAGAUAUGCAACGAUGUGAUUAGAAAUGUGUCACAUCCUUUUUUAAAUAAAGAUAUGUACAUGUGCCACAAUAUAGAUAUAUAUAAUAUAAAUCGAGUGAACGAAUUUAAUAAUAUGAAUAAAUAUUUUACUGCUGAUAAUGUGAAGGAUAUAAAUUUUAUGAAUAGUAAUAUAUAUCCCAUAAAAAUGAAUAUACCAUAUAAUAUAAAUUUGAAUGAAAUAUUUAUGAAUGAUUGUCGAGUUUCCAAUAUUAUUCAUUUUUGUAAAGGUGAUAGAACAUUAGAAUUAGAAUUAAUUAAACAAAGAAUAAUAAAUGGAAAUAUAAAAUAUGCUAUAAAAUUAAUUAAAAUAUUUAAUUAUGAAUUAUUACAUUUCCCCAACCUAUUUUUUUAUUUAAAUUACAAAUCGUAUAAUUAUUUAUUAAGUAGUUUUGAUAAAAAAUAUAUUAUAUAUUAUUUAUAUGACAAUCCAAAAUAUUUAAAAAUAUAUUUUAAUUCUUUGUUAAAAAAGAAGAAUAAAGAAUCAUGUAUCAUGUGUAUCUAUUUCUUAUAUCCCUUAUAUAUGAACUUGGAAGAUAUCGAUUUUAAAACAUUUUUUUAUUUAUUUUAUAAAAAUAAGAAGGGAAAGAAAACAAGUUAUAGUACAAGUGGUUUAUAUAAUAAUAAUAAUAUGAAUAAUAUGAAUAAUAUGAAUAAUAUGAAUAAUAAUAUGAAUACGGUUGGUAAUUAUAUGAUUAGUUCAAAUAAUACAAAUAAUAUGUAUAACAUGAAUAAUAUGUAUAAUAUGAAUAAUAUGUAUAAUAUGAAUAAUUCAUGUUUUAAUUAUAAUUAUUAUAAUAAUGAUGUAUAUUUUGAGGGAGAAUAUUACAUAUGCGAUUGCCGGGAUGGUAAUAAAAAUAUGUUGACGACAUUAGAGCAGAGCAAUAAUAAUAAUAAUAACAACAAUAAUAACAACAAUAUUAAUAAUAAUAAUAAUAAUAAUAAUAAUAUAUUUUGUAUAUCUAGUUGUAGUAAUAUUAUGUGGUUUUUAAAAAAUGAGUGUAAUAUAAUAAAUGAAGAAUGUUUUACUUUUCGAAAUGAAGAAGAUAUAUAUUUUGAGAAUUUGAAUAGAAUUUAUAAAAUAUGUGAUUUAUGUAAAUAUUUCGAUAUGUUUAAAAUAUUAAAGAAGAUUCAUUCAGAAAUUGUAAAAAGUUCUUUUGAUUAUUUAAUAAAAAUGAAAGGAUCGUGUUUUUGUCAAAAGAAUUAUAUAUGUAUAAAGGAUUUAGAUUCUUGUUUAAAUGAUGUUGUUAUUAUUGAUAAAUUUAAAGAUUUCUACAUAUUAUAUGAAAAAAUUAAAAAAUAUGAAAAGAUACUUUUUAUAGAUGCUGAAUGGAAAUGUGCUGUCUUUAGAGAAAAUCCUAUCAUAUCAAUUUUUCAGAUUGCUUUAAAAAAUAGUGUUUUUUCAUAUAUUAUUGAUGUAAAGAGUAUAUCUUUGGAAAAUUAUCAAGUUAAUUAUUAUAUAUCUGAUUUGUUUAGGGAUGAAAAUAUUAUAAAAAUUGGUGUGGCCUUUCUGAAUAAUGAUAUGUUACACUUUAGAAAAUACUAUGAUAUAUUAAAUAUGUUAACUUGUAAAAAGUAUAAAGAUAUAUUAAUUGAUGACAGCGAUAUGGGAACUCAAGAAAAGGGACAUAAACAUAAAAUUGUGAAUAUAAAUACUUAUAAUGAUAUCACACCUUUCUAUAAUAACAAUAUGUAUAAUAAUAAGAGGAAUGAUAAUCAUAUAUUAUUAAAAAAAGUCAUGAAGAAUAUUCAUGAAUAUACAAUAAAUUAUGCUGGUGAUACUAUCCCGAGUUCAAAUAAUAUGCUUGCAUAUGAUAAUAGAAGUUACAUCUAUGGAUAUACAAAUAAUAUGAAUACUAACAAUAAUAACAACAAUAAUAAUAAUAACAGCAACAAUAAUAAUAACAGCAACAAUAAUAAUAACAAUAAUAAUAGUAGUAGUAGUAGUAGCUGUUGUAAUAAUAAUUUUUUUAAUUUAGGUGAAAAGAUAAAAGAAGAAUCACACAGUAUUAAAUUUAAUAAUAAUUUAUAUGAUGAUAUAAGCUAUAAAAAUAUUUUCCCAGUAAAUUAUUUUAUAAAAUAUAAAAAUGACGAUAAAUUAAUUAAUGAUCUUUUAAAUACAAAAUGUAAAACUUGUAAUAAAAUAGGUAUAUAUAGUUGUAUACAUAAAUAUUAUAAUUUAGAAUAUAUAUAUAAUAAAUAUUAUGAUCAUUUGAAAUUUAAUUUUCCAUAUCUUAAAAAAAAUAUGAGUUAUUCUGUUAAAUUCUUUGGUAAAAUAUUAUUUCCAGAAAAACAAGUUAAUAAAGAAUGCCAAAUUAUUAAUUGGAAUUUUAGACCUCUUUCAUCGAGUAGUGUUGAAUAUGCAAUAUUAGAUGUUCUUAUUUUAAAAAAAUUCUUUUAUUUAAUUCAAACAAAAUUACCUAUAGAUAUUGAAUGUGCUUUAUGA